UCCGCUUCGCCCAAGUAAAGUCUAUUUGUAAUGUAAUGUUAUUUAUGGGGUCCCAGACACCCCCAGAUGAAAUUUUGUCGGUGAGCAGAGAAAGUCAAAGGGGCCUCUGACACCCCACGAUGAUAUUUUGUCGUUGCACAGAGAGUAAUCGGAGUUCCUGACACCACAAGAUGUGCAGUGAUAUAAGGGUGCAGAGAUAUAGUGGAAUCAGAGAUAUAAAGGGUGCAGACGGAAGUAAUAAAAUCAACACAUGGUGCAGCGGUCGAACUUUAACUAGGAUAAAGCAGAUGGCGUUUGUUCUCAAGGCACAAGUUCACGACCCUUUGAGAUAAAGCCAUGUCCAGUCUUCUAUGGUCUUCGACCUUCUACUAGCUGUACUCACUGAUAAAAGUGCGUAUGAAGAGUUAAUUGACUUUAUUUCACUGAAAGUGGGAAUAAUAAAGUCAUGUGAUGCAGCUAUGAAGCAGUUCCUUCUACACCUGGAUGAGACUUUUGCCUUAGGACGAAAAUUUAUUAUUCAAGACCUAGAUGAAAGACAUUUGUUCAUCUCUGUUGAUAUUUUAGAUACAUUACAAGCAAAAGUAGAUGAUCUUAUGGAUCAAAUAUCAUUCCCUCUAGCAGAUAAAGGAAUAUAAAUAAUUGUUAAGAAGAGAUUUGUAUUUCUAUUUCAUUGUGGAAACAUUUUAAAAACUCUAAUUUAUUAAAAGAUAAGUAAAAAUG